AUGCUCGUCAAGUCCCUGGCUUUCUUGUCUCUGGCCCUGGGGGCCAUCACCGUCAGCGCCAACCCGGCCCCUGAACCCCCGGCCAUCACCGCGGGCCCCAAGGUCGGCGAUCUCGAGAAGCGCGCCACCACCUGCACCUUCUCGGGCUCGAAUGGCGCUUCCUCCGCGAGCAAGUCCAAGACCUCCUGCUCGACCAUCAUUCUGUCCAGCGUGGCCGUCCCUUCUGGAACGACUCUGGAUUUGACCGACCUGAACGAUGGAACCCACGUCAUCUUCGAAGGCGAAACCACCUUCGGCUACGAAGAAUGGGACGGCCCCCUCGUCUCCGUCUCCGGCACCGACAUAACCGUCACCGGCGCCAGUGGCGCGUAUCUCAACGGCGACGGCAGCCGCUGGUGGGACGACGAGGGGUCGAACGGCGGCAAGACCAAGCCCAAGUUCUUCUACGCACACGACCUGACCGACUCGGUGAUCAGCAGCAUCUACAUCCAGAACUCCCCGGUGCAGGUGUUCAGCAUCGACAACUCCAACUACCUGACGCUGGAGGACAUUACCAUUGACAACAGCGAUGGUGACGAUGAAGGCGCGGCUAACACGGACGGGUUCGACAUUGGCGAUAGUACUUAUAUUACCAUCACAGGCGCGAAUGUGUAUAACCAGGAUGACUGCGUGGCUGUCAAUUCUGGCGAGAACAUCUACUUCUCCGGCGGCGUCUGCUCCGGUGGUCACGGGCUCUCGAUUGGCUCUGUCGGCGGCCGCAGCGACAACACCGUCAAGAACGUGACCUUUUACGAUUCGGAAAUCAAGAACUCGCAGAAUGGCGUCCGCAUCAAAACCAUCUACGGCGACACCGGCUCCGUCUCCGAGGUCACUUACAAGGAAAUUACCCUCUCCGAGAUCACCGAGUACGGCAUCGUGGUAGAGCAGAACUACGAUGAUACCUCGGAGUCGCCAACAAACGGCGUCACCAUCGAGGACUUUGUCCUCGACAGCGUGGUGGGCACGGUCGAGAGCACUGGGACGGAUAUCUAUAUCGUUUGUGGCUCGGACAGCUGUACGGAUUGGACCUGGACGGACGUGGAUGUGACCGGUGGGAAGACAAGCUCCUCGUGCGAGAAUUUGCCGAGCGGGAUCAGUUGUUGA